AACAUUAUAUGUCAAAUUUAACAAAAGAACCUGCUGAUUCAGAUGAAGCCAGUUUUGUUAUUCAGCAUUUAUUCAUAUGUUCACAAAUCACUUCAGAUGUGUCCUGUAAAUCCUAUAUUUUAAACAGAUAAUGCAUGAUAGUGAUUUCACUCCUGAAGCUCAUUUCUAAUUGGUUCAACUGACGUGUUUUCGUUUCAGUUCCAAAAUGAAUCGGAAAACAGCACUGGUGUCUCCUACCUCCACAUUUUGCGCUCUCCGUCCAUUUGUUGGAAGCAAUGUAUAAAAUCCCCCUUUACUUUCCCCAGGAGUGUCAGUCAAUGCAUGUGCGCGCGUGUGUGUGAGUGAGGUGUCAAUCAAAGCGGCGGCUUCUCUUUCAUCUCUACUGUCAGUCAGAGAUCAGGGGGAGGAGUACAGCACUACACUCUCUCCAGCCCAACAUUACUCUCAGUCUCUGCUGAGCGCAUUUCUGAAGAGGGACACCUUUUUACCCAAGAAACCAAACGGGAAUGACACACAGCAUCUGAACUCCAGCACUUUUUUUUUUAACAGUCAGAACUGUCCUACGUUCAACUUACACUUCUAACGUUUGCCUUUAAGAACACCGCAGGAGUCGUACUUUAACUUUUUAAAACACCCAGCGUCGUUACGUUGCGUUUCCCCUCUGGAUUCUCGAGUGUUGCCGUAGCACGCGUGUUUGGAGUGCGCCAGCUGAAAUUAUACAGGGGGUUUUCUGUCUAACGUCUUCGCUUUCCGGGCGUUUGUAGGGUGAGGAGGACUUUCAAUCACCCGAGAAAUGCCGCAGUUGUCAGGUGGAGGAGGCGGCGGGGAUCCGGAGCUCUGUGCCACCGAUGAAAUGAUCCCGUUCAAAGACGAGGGAGACCCGCAGAAGGAGCAGAUCUUCGCGGAGAUCAUCCACUCUGAGGAGGAGGGAGACUUAGCAGAGAUCAAGUCAUCUCUGGUCAACGAGACAGAAAUCAGCCCCAACAGUAGCAAUCACGACGCAGCUAGACUGUCCCAAAUAACACCAGACUCUUAUCAUGAGAAGCACAUGGACCAUCUGGAUGAUGGCAAGCAUCAAGACAUGUACAGCAAAGGCCACCCGUACCCCAGUUACCCAGGAUACAUCAUGAUGACCAAUAUGAACAAUGAAUCCUACAUGAACAACGGCUCUCUCUCGCCUCCCAUUCCCAGAAUGUCAAAUAAGGUGCCGGUGGUCCAGCCGUCCCAUGCCGUUCACCCCCUCACCCCUCUGAUCACAUACAGCGACGAGCACUUCGCCCCUGGCCCACACUCGGGACACCACCCACAGGACAUCAACUCCAAGCAAGGUAUGCCCAGGCAUCAUCCUGGACCGGACAUUCCCAAUUUCUACCCUCUUUCCCCAGGGGGAGUUGGACAGAUGACCCCUCCGCUGGGAUGGUUCUCUCAUCACAUGGUACCAGGCCCUCCUGGACCCCAUGCCACGGGAAUCCCCCAUCCCGCCAUUGUCAACCCACAGGUGAAACACGAACCACAUCACGACACAGACCUGAUGCACAUGAAACCUCAUCACGAGCAGAGAAAGGAGCAGGAGCCCAAAAGACCUCACAUUAAGAAACCUCUAAACGCUUUCAUGCUGUAUAUGAAAGAGAUGCGUGCCAAUGUGGUGGCCGAAUGCACGCUGAAGGAGAGCGCCGCGAUCAAUCAGAUCCUCGGGCGGAGGCCAAAUGCAAGCACGCGUCUCUUUGGAAGGAACUUAAAAGUGCAUGUCAGUAAGGAACGGCAGCUCCAUAUGCAACUUUACCCAGGAUGGUCUGCCAGAGACAAUUAUGGGAAAAAAAAGAAGCGGAAGAGGGAAAAGAUCCAGGAACCUGCUUCAGGUACAGGCCAGAGAAUGAAAACGGCGUACAUCUGAACAAUGGUAAGA